CCCAAAUCUCUAAGCGACACAUCGAUCUAUUUUCAACCACCGACAUACAUCCCCAGACAACAAUCCGGGGUCGAUAAGCGAAUAGGUUCAAAAGAAGUUCAUUGACUCGAAGUACUUGGCUACAAGGCAGCUAAUAUCCAGACCCGCGAUCAUUGGUACCGAGCCCCUGGACUUGCUUUUCAGCUCCGGGGAUGCAGUAGUUGUGUAACGGGUUGACGUGCAGGAAAUGGGAAGUGUGAAGUGGGAAGGUUGAGCUGGGAUUGAGGGGAGGGGAGGAGAACACUGUGCCGCAUGGUACUUUGUGGGAUCGAGGAACAUGGGUACUAAUCUGCAAUUUUGGAAUGGGAGUGGGAUGAGAUGGGUGGAGGAGGGGAUACUUAUAGAGGGGUUGUCUCGUAGGGCUGGACUCGAAGGGGAGUUUGGUCUAGAUCGUGUGCUGACAUUUUUGCUAUUUUAGAGGUAUCUUCCUCUAACUGAACUGAUACAAAAUGUCCUCCAAUAUGGCAGACACAGUUAUCAGUCCAGCCGAAGAGAAGACGAACCACUGGGCUCUCAUGGAAUCACAUAUCGAGCCCUUCGAAGAACAAGUCAGCCCCCAAGCAGACGUCAAAGAAACCAUCGACAUUGCAGACGUCCUCUCAAAACUCGAAAAUGAACGCAGAGAAAAGAACGCUUCAGAUGCGCCACAAGCUUGGAAUCAAGAUGAAGCUCCGAUCUUCGUCGCUGAUGAAGAUGGUAGGCAGGUCGAUCCAGGUGCAGCGCCUGAAAUAGCAUCUCCUGCUCCAAGUGCGAGACCGACACUAGUGCUUUCUACGACGACGGAGAGCUCACCGAAGAUGCUCGAGGAGAGCUCGCUGCCUCCUAGGACUCCUCCUGAAGAAUUGAUCUUCGGGCUGAGGAAGAAGAUCUUCUGGCUUCUCACACUCCUCACUCUCAUCAUCAUCACCGGUAUCCUAGCUGGCACCAUCGGCGGUAUCCUCGCCACCCGCCUGAAAUCCUCAUCCUCUCCUACAAACCCAAACUCGUCGUCUACACCCACCGGUUCUUCCUCCCAGCCCGCCAAAAACCAAAUGCUCUUCCACCUCCAAACCUGGGAAGCCUCCAACACUACCGGCCGCUCCCAAAUCUUCGACCGCGCCGGCCUCUUUACCACGGCCUUCCACUCCCGCUCCUUCACCUGGAUCCCGGGCUUCUACGACGACGACGGAACAUGGGAUGUCUGCUCGAUGAGCUUCUGCCAAGGGGAUCACCAGUUGAGCUGGAGAGGGAGUUCGGAAGGGAGAGCGGUCAAUCUGACGAGAUGGGAGGGUUAUGAGUAUGGGGAUACGGUGGUGGUGAGGUGUGGGGCGGUUUUUGCGGAUCCGGGGUGUCCUUUGCAGAGGGGGGUGGCGACCAUGACAGCGCCGAUUUAUGAUCCGCCCGCUGUGACGGAGGCUGCGGUGCCGACGGGAACUGGGACGGGUGGGAAUUCGUCGGUUUCGAUGUCGGUUUCGGGUGGGGUGACGACCACGACGAGUUCGGGGGUCGUGUCGGGGACGGCGAGGUAGAGGGUGGAAGCUUAUCGUUGAAGAAUGAACCUUUGCAGUGGGUGGUUGGGGAACGUGGGCUGGAGAGCAGCGCAGAAGGGUGGCUCGUUAUAUGGGAGGGCGAAGAUAAGAUACGGAUCGAGAGCGACACUCGCCGUCAAAGAAGAUGACAUUGACAUCAUGUCCCAGAGGAGGGCGUAAAAGCAUGGACUGAACCGGGUGGACAUGGUCGAGGUGAAGAACGGUAUCUAGUAGACCUGUUGAACACUACAGAGGUUGAUCGCCAGAGUGUUAGCACAGGACAGCUUGACUCGAUAAUAAAUGCGGCUUUGAAUGAACCUGUAAUUUUUUCAUCCCGGGACUCCAUGCCUGUGAAUGAUCAGAACCCGCGAGGGCAGGAUGUGAUGAGAAA